CUCAUCUCGGCCCCACCUGGCAUUUCUCAUGGCUAAAAAAGAUAGCCCGGUAUGACGGAGGAGGAGGAGGCACUGUACCAUGUACCGUACAUCUCAACAUAUUGUUCUACGUACUCACUGAAGAGAGGGGCCUUUUAAUUCUUUGCUUUGUAACCUCUGGAUGGGUCAGGUCGGGCAGCCAUUGGCCUCCAGGGAGCGGCAGGAUGGAGGCCGAACGAUUUUUGCUCAAGUGGAACAACCACCAGAGUAAUUUGGUGACGGUCUUCGACCAAUUGUACGAACAGGAGGCUUUUACGGACGUCACCCUGGCCUGCGACGGGCGGACGUUCGCCGCCCACAAGGUGAUCCUGUCUGCUUGCAGCCCGUAUUUCCAGGCGCUGUUUUUGGGCAAUCCAUGCAAGCACCCAAUCAUCUUCAUGCGGGACGUGCGGGCCGGGGACAUGGAGGCCCUGCUGUCCUUCAUGUACCGCGGCGAGAUCAACGUCCACCAGCAGGAUCUGGCCUCCUUCCUCAAGACUGCCGAGUGCCUCCACAUCAAAGGACUCUCCGAUUCCUCCGAGAGACACAAAGAGACUUCCAAGAUCCUGGAAGCCAUGGAACGCAAGUUCUGCAGCCCGAGCUUGCAGCAAGCCUUCGCCAACCCCUCCACCCCUACCAUGGGGAACCACUCCUCUUCCUCUAUGGCCAUGCCCUCCUUGGGCACGCCGGCCAUCGGCACGCCCAGUGUGCCUACUGUCAGCAGCUCCGAGUCGCCAACGCCUCCAAACAAGAAAUUCAAGUCCCUGGAAGGGUUGCCCAGGAUCCUGCCCAAGAUGAAGCCGCUCACCACGCCCCCAGGACUGGUGACGCCCGUGCCUGGACUCCUCACGCCCAUCACACUAGCUGCCACAGUCAUAAAAAACGCCGCCCACGCCGCCCAUAUUGCUCAGAACGCCCAUGUUAGUCCGCCCACACCAGAAACCACGAACUCUUCCCCCAACACAGAACUUCCAGUACCGCCCAAAGAUAUUAAAAAGGUAUCCCAAACAAUGAUUGAAGUGGAUGCUAGUCAAGAGGACUCCAAGGCCAAUUUCAUUGAGGGAUACAUCAGUGGGGAUUCUCCGCAUCCAGUCUAUCUUGUCUCGAGCGUGGGUGGUAUUGGAAGUGCCGGCACAGUCACCUCUGGGAAUUCCACGCCGUCACACGAUGUCAAAAUCGAAGAAGAAGACCCCUUGGACGAAAGCUCCUUCAGCGAUGACCCUGCCUUCUCGUCCACUAAAAAUGACGAGGAGAAUUUGGCGACGAGCUAUGGGGACGACCUGCUAGGGCUGGCCAAGGACAAGCUAACAUAUCCCUGUCGCUACUGUGGAAAGCGAUUCACACAAACGGGUACUUGCCGUCGACAUGAGCGCCUCCAUACUGCUCCCAACAGUUUCAAGUGUCCAUUUUGUCAGAAGGGUUUCAACCGCAAAUAUCGCCUGAAGGAGCACAUCUUGGCCUCACACCCACAGCAAAAUGAUGAGGGUGAUCUCUCACUCAUCAUCAACAGUUCUGCCACCACUAUGGCGUGAGGGCAUCAUGCUGGUGCUGGAUCUGUGGAAGGGAUGGGUGUUGUCAAUGGUGUGGAAGGAGAUCGUUUCUUCCUGUUAAUAUUGGGAAGGUAGCUUGACCACGUGGGAAGAAGAUUAGAAGGGACUAGAGAUUAUUUUGGAAUUAUCCUACUGUUUCUACCUUCGUGAAAAACCUUGCCACAGGGUUUUAGUACUCAUUUGCCUGAGGCUGUAAUGUCAUUUUUGUGGCAUGUUUAUAUUAAAGUAAUAUAAUCAUUAUUUUUAUUACUGUUAUUUUUUUGCAUUCCAUGCUACAUUCCUCAGCAUUUUGUCAUCAUUCCAGAAUCAGUACAGGUUAAAUGCUAGUACCAAUGAUUUUAUAACUAACCAUAAUUACUACUAACAUUUGUAAUUAA